UCACCCUUGUGGCUUGUUGUUGGUUUUGGUUACCUUCACAAACCACUAAUCGUUCUUUGAAUUUUGUUUCUAACCAAAAAUGCCUCUUGAUUAUCGAAGAUUCAACGGUCCCGACGACAGUGUUUCCUACAAACGGUUCACAAAAUCAUAUACAAAGAGUUUUGAUGAACUUCGCGAUGAAUUAUUGGAUAAAAAUGGCAAAAGAAGAGAUGGGCGCGCAUUGGAUGAAGCGCGAUCCUUGUUUGCGAGAACCGACAUGGUGAGCCAAGCUAAAGGGUCUUCAUACGUAGAACAAUAUGACACUAAAGUUGUAUGUUCAGUUUUUGACCCUAGAGAAAUACCGCAUCAGAAUGAAUUUAGUCAACUGGGUCAAAUAUUUUGCGAAGUGAAGUUCGCGCCUUUUUCGUGCCCGCGAUAUCGCCGUCCUGCAGCGCCAGACGCUGAAGAGAAAGCUCUGUCUGACACUCUAAGAAAGGCGUUGGAACCAGCUGUGUGCAGGCAUUUGUUUCCUAAUUAUCAGAUUGAUGUAUUCUUGUACAUCCUAGAGCAUGAUGGAGCAUGUUUAGCUGCAGCCAUAAAUGCUGCUGGCUUGGCUCUGGCUGACGCUAGAGUCCCAAUGUAUGAUAUCAUUACUUCCUGCUCAGCUGCUAUCAUUGGAGACCAGAUAUUCCUGGACCCUACAGAAUCAGAGGAACACCUUGCCAAAAAAUGUCCAAAUAAUGAACUUAACCAUGGCAUUAUAACAUUGUCUAUGUUGUCAGAAUUGAAGCAAGUAUCAAAUAUUAAUCAAAUUGGAUCAAUGGAUGUGGAAUGCCUAACAAAAGUCAUGGAUAUUUUAGAACAAGAGUGUGAACAAAUAGUUCCAAAUAUACAAAAGGUGCUUGUUAUGAAUGUUGUCAAUUGUCAUGAGCAAAGGAAACGUUUGAAAGAAGACUCUAAGGAGAGAGAGGCCAUUCUUGAUGCUAAACUCGAGGAAUGGAAAAAAUUAAUACAAAAUGGAUGA